ACUGAGAACGAGACCAAGGUCAGGACAACGAAAGCUCUCUUGGUUUUCACUAUGAUUCCGCCUAACAUGGAGGUUGAUGGAUAUGGCAGCUUUCUGGAAGAAGUAUUUGGGCAGGAUCCAGACAAUUGGCUUCAAGGAGUAGUAACCAUGAAAAAUGCUGCUAUUGGAAACAAUAAACAAAAAGCUCAGCUUAUAAACAUGGGGGUAGUACCAAGGCUCCUACAAUUCAUGCUUGAUGAUCAGAGCAGCACAGAGCUUAGGGUGGAGUCUGCUGUGGUGCUGGGCAGCCUGGCUAAGGGAACCCUGGAAAACAUACAGUCUCUUAUUGAUAUUGGCACAGUCACUGUCAUGCUGAAAGGUCUGUGUCGCCCAGAUUUGAAGUAUGUGGAAGCCUGUUUACGGUGUUUGAGAACAAUAUUUAUUAGUCCUUUGUCUCCAAUAGAGUAUGUUUACCAGGAUGCCAGUACAAUCCCACACCUCAUUUCUAUCAUGUCCCUAUCAGCAGGCACACAAGAAUGUGUUACCAACAUUUUGGCACACUGCUGCAAGACAGAAGAACACCAGGCAGUGCUGUGCAGUAGUGGUGCUAUCAUAGCCCUGGCACCUCUUCUCUGCUCAAAUGUAUACAAGGUUCAGAUGCCUGCAUUAAAAUGUUUUGCUCAGUUGUGCUACAAGAAUGAUCAAGUGUCCAUAGCAGUGGCAACAGCUUCCUAUUGUGGAGAGAGGAUCCCAGACUUGAUAGCACAGUGCUUAACCAGGGACAGAAGUAUAGAGAUGCAGAUUGCAGCUGCCAAAAGUUUAACUUAUUUAUGCCGAGCUGGUGCAAUAGAUCCUCAUGAUCCUAUCAUUACAAUGAAGACUCUACCAACCCUAGUUAGGAUGUGUAAGAAAGACAAGAGUGUAUCAGACAGGGUGGAAGGUGCAGAGACUCUGGCCUAUUUAACAGAGGUGGACAUGGACUUGCAGCAGAUGGCCAGUGUGUCUGACCACCUCAUAAAAACGCUGGCUGAGUAUUUCAGGUACUCACCAUUGCUUGGGAUGAAUGAUUCUUAUAAGAAGGGUGAAGAGCCUGAUAAAGAUUUUAUCUGUGCUUCUGAGCUCCGACAAGCGGCUUUCAGAGUGUUUGCUUCCCUUGCAGCUAAUGAUGAAGAUAUUAGAAAAAAGGUUAUAGAGACAGAGAACCUGAUGGACCAUAUAGUGAACGGUCUUCAGGACACCAACCCCAAGGUCCAGUUAGCUGCGGUCAGGUGUAUGCACAGCCUCUCGCGCUCUGUACAACAACUAAGGACAAGUUUCCAAGACCACUCUGUAUGGAAACCACUCAUGAAACUCAUUACAAUGGCCUCAGAUGAUGUGUUGACGGUGGCAUCCUCAACAUUAUGUAAUCUCUUGCUGGAGUUUUCUCCAAGCAAAGAGGUAGGACGGAUGCUUCGUGGCAAGCCCAUUCUUGACCUGGGUGCAGUCGACUUACUUGUAGCACUUACUAAGAGGGAAAAUCCAGUUUUGAGGUUGAAUGGAAUUUGGGCACUUAUGAAUAUGACAUUCCAAGCAGAAGAGAAGGUGAAAAGCCAGAUCCUCACAGCCCUGGGUACAGACCAGCUCUUCCGUCUGCUCUCUGAUCCUGAUGUCAAUGUUCUCAUGAAGACACUGGGACUGUUACGGAAUCUCCUCUCUAACAAGCCACACAUAGACCAUAUCAUGAGUAUGCAUGGGAUACAGAUAAUGCAGGCAGUGAUACUUAUUUUAGAAGGGGACCACCCUGUGGAAGUCAAAGAACAGACCCUGUGCAUCUUGGCCAAUGUUGCAGAUGGAGACUCGGCAAAAGAUUUUAUCAUGGGAAAUGAAGAUGUUUUAAAAAAGCUAAUGAAUUACAUGAUGCAUAGUAAUGUUAAUUUGCAAAUAGCUGCCACUUUCUGCAUCUGCAAUUUAAUCUGGAAUGAGGAAGAAAGUGCAUCAGAAAGGCAAGCCAAAUUGACAGAGUUGGGUGUACAUAAAUUGCUACAACAGCUCUUAAGCACAAAUAAUACAACUCUUUUUGACAAAGUGAAAACAGCAAUGCAGCAGUUCACAUGACCAGAAAUAACUGUCACAUGGGGGGAAGAGAACACCUAGCAUUGGACCUGGGUUUCACUCUAAGACGAUUUCUUCAUGGUGAGGUUAACAUCUCUAAUGCUCCAGAUGAAACCCAGCUUUAUAAAAAACAAGUUGCUCUCUGUUGUUGUGAACUUUCCAGUGUUCUGAAUAUUACUUUUGUGACAGUAAUAGCAUGCUAGAGAAUGAGGUCUCUAAG